AUGGGGACAGGGGCCUCCAUUUCCCUCUGCCAAUCAUUGUCAUCUGUAAAAGUGAAGCACGGUGAAAACAAAGUUGGACCAGAGCCUCAAACAAUCUUUGGUUCUCCCCUUGAUAUCGUCAUCAAGGAUACAACACAACAGCCUGUUCCUCUAGUUGUCCAACAUACAGUGGAAUAUUUAGAAGAGUUUGGGCUAAAUCACACGGGCCUCUUUCGGAUCAGUGGAUCAGCAGCCAAAAUCAGGGCACUUAGAUUAAAGUAUGAUCAAGGAGAAGAAGUUGAUCUUGUUAAGGAAGGAGAUAUCAACACUGUUGCCAGCCUCCUUAAACUAUUCCUGAAUCAGCUUCCAACUGCUGUUUUCCCGGAAGAUCUGUGCACUGACAUUUGGGCCGUUUUUGAAGCGAAUAAAAACUGCACCACAGAACAAACAAGAUGUCUAAAACAGCUAUUAAGUAGCCUUCCGGAAGCCCACAGUCACCUCGCUUGCUUCCUCAUUAGAUUUCUCACCAAGGUGGCUGCAAACAGUGAUGUGAAUCAAAUGACCUUGGAAAACCUGGCCAUUGUUUUCAGCCCCACGUUAUUCCGCAUUCCUUGCAGCCCUUUGGCAUAUGAAAAGCAAACCCUUUGCUAUGCCAUGCUUCUGCAUAUGCUUCAGCACCACAAGGACCUCUUUCUCCAGAGCUCCAACCACCAUGUCUCCCCAACGGAAGAGCAGGCCCAGAUUUUCCAUCCUGCCUCAGCACCUCAAGAGCUCACACAACAGACAGAAAAAAAUGAACCUCCUCAAAGGAUCCCCAGAGCUGUCUGGCACCUUCCAUCCAUGUGGUGGCAAUGUUGUGUUUUUAAUCUUUCGGCUCACAGCUCCGGGAAAACAGGGUCAGUCUGAGUUUGUGAUUUGCAAAGCAUUAAUCCUUUUCUGGGGCAAAUUUAUCAGUUUUCCAGUCAAGCACCCUUCGUUCUGAUUUAUACUACCCGAAAACAGUUGCUUUCAAACAAUACUGUGCAAGCCAUGCAAAGACAGUGCACGCUGUGCAGAGUUCAACUGGGCAUUUGGCUAUAAAUGUCUGCUGUUUGGAGGUAACAUUUUGAAAACAGAAGACAAACUAUCUAAUGUAUCCUUUCCAUUUGAAGUGUUAGAACAUGGAACAAAUCUAUUUUUGAUAGCACUGGAAAUUAAACAAACAAAUA